GACAAAUUGCUGCAUACAGAGCCUCCAUGUCCUAUAGAGCAUCUUAUUGCUCUGCAAAACAUUCCCCAUACUGGUAUUUUUCUGCGUGUGUUCUGUAUUGCAUAGCAGUUUUCUUUGACAGGUCGUUAUUCACCUGUAGAUAUGAAGUACCUCUGCUUUGCUGUGCUUCUCACUGCUGCGUUAUCACUCUGUAAUGCAGAGGGCUGUAAACAGCUGAGUUCUUGUGUGAGCUGCAUUGAAGAUGAGCUAAGCCUCAACUUCUCUUGUAAAUGGGUAACAUGCGGAGCCUCAGAAAACAGCAGCUGUGUGACCAGCGAGGAGCAGAUACAUGAAUCGUGUUUAGCAUCAAACAGGAGCAGCAUGUGUGCAGGCCCUGAGAACAGGUCAGCAGAGCCAGUAGAGUUGCCUUCUGACGAUUUCCCUCAGUCCAAAACACUAUCCCCUCCAGUCUUCCACGUAGGCAGCUUCAUUGGAGGAGGAGUCUUGGUGAUACUGCUACAGACUCUUGGAUACUUUGUCCUGAAACAGCUACGUGGGCCAGAAAGAGACUACCAGACCAUGGAGGAGACUCCUCAGUAGGACCCCUGACUCCUGUCAUCAUGAUGACCUGACAAGUCACACGUUGUUCUCUAGAUUCUAAGGAUGAUAUGUUUCAGUUACAAGGUGGACAGCCUCAGAUUACUGCACAACAUAAUUAUGUGUGUAACAUAUACAUUCUUUAUGAGUUUAAUUCAUCUACACAACAGUGUUUUCUGUUACUCAUUCUAUGAAAAUCCCUGUACAGACGCUUCUACUUUCCCAUAUAGUUACCAUGUUUAGUCACUCUUUAUUGUUAGUAAAAUUGCUAUUCCUGCCUUCUAAUUGGAGUGUCAGUAUAAUUUAGAAUCUCUCAUUCUGUUCACACCUUUGUAAUGAGAAAAAGGGACUUAUGUCUGACUAUAUGAGCCAUGUGUAUUUAUUCUCGCCCUGAUCAUCACCUAUAAACAAGUUUUUCCUGAUCUCGCCUUUAUUUAUGCCGCACAUCAUACGCCACGUAUUGAUAUUCCCCCAUGUCAUGACCCUGUCUGUGCUGAUUGAUGCC